AUGCUCCCCCGAGAGCUCCAAAUCAUGAUCUGGCGUUUUGCUCUUCCUCGAUUCCGUAUCAUCCAACCCAUUCUGGAUCGAGGCGGCCACGACUAUAGCUUCCCCAUGUACAACUGGCCUCGACCACCACCACAAGAUCCCGUACUCCUGCAGGUCAACCGACAAUCACGAUAUGAAGCGAUACGAUUCUUCCGUCUCCGAGCUCUGGAGAAGUACUUCGUUUCCACCUCGAACUCAAUUCGUGUCCCAAAACCGCUCUACAAGCCAUGUCGGUACUUUAGUCCCCGCUUCGACAUCUUGUACUUCGACUCCAUCUUGGACUUCGAGCUUGGAGGAUACUGUGUCCGCAACGUCCUCGCGCGAUGCGAUUCCGUACUCGAGACGGCGAUGUGCGAGAACAUUGCAUUGAGGUUGGAGAGUAUGCCAUACAUGAUCGAGCGGUUCUUUGUUUGGCUUGUGGUUUGGAUCUUGUGGUUUCCAAAGGUGAGGACGAUGUGGAUCGUCAUUGAUGAUUUGCUUGAUGAGUGGAAACUAAUGAAGCUCGCGAAGAAGAUUAGGAUGGCCGCUUGGAUGGCAGGAAAGUGUACCAAAGAAAGGAAGGAAGACUUAAAGGAGCUGAAGGGUCGACAUGGGGAGUGGCAGGUACCUGAGGUUGAAGUUGUGAAGAGGAAGGUUUUUGAGUCGGACUGGUGGCGGAAGUCAUUGAAGAGUGCCUGGCCAGACGAUGCAGUGUUGAAACUUCAAGAUGCCACUGCAGAGUCUGGUAUCAAAGUUGAAGGCGUGAUAGUGGAGCCGGACACCACUCACGAAAUCACAAGUGAGAAGUGUUUUAUCAAAGCUGAAAGCAAGAAGCUGGAGGAGGGUACCUCUGACAAGACAAGUAAACAUUGUUAUGUUAGAAUUGAGGAGAUAAAGGAAGAGCAUAGCACCCGCAAGGAGAUAGAUGAAGGGUGCUAUGUUGAAAUUGAAAGUGUGAAGGAUGAAGAGAUUGUUAUCUUCGACGAAUAA